AUGGACUUCCCCCCAGGACCGGACUGUGCAAGUCAGAGAGCAGGCCGAGCAGGGGACUCAGUAUGGGGACCCUCGACUAACGGCCGUCCAGGAGCAGUUGCAGGAGUAGUCCUUCCCCCAGUUUCACAGUCCGAGGUCGAAGAGGGCGAUGAGGUCGCUGAGAGCUCAGCAACUCCCCCACUCGAGGCGGGACCCGAGCUCGAGGGAAGCGCAGAGAUCGAGCCUCAAGAUCAAGAGGCGCAGCUGCUAGUCGGCGAGGCGUGA